AUGGCGACAGAAUGGAGCGGGCAGCAGGGUUAUGUUCUCACACUCAUCAUCUUCUUGUGGAGCGUUGUCGGGGGCCGCACAGAGACGCCUGUCCGCGGGAGCGGGGCACAGGUGUUGGGCAUGCGGCUGGAGAGGAGCGACAAGCCCUCCAGGACCAAUGACGACGGUGUCAUCCAGGUGACUGAGGAGAGCUCGGUCCUGCUCCGGUUUUACGGGGUGCAGCUUCAGUCCAGCACCUGGACACACAUUCGCUUCGCAGAGUUGUCCGACAGCGGAGAGGGUGAUGCUGAGGAGGAGGCAGAGGAGGAGGCAGUGGCGGUGAGAGGUGGCAGCAGCGGCAUGGUGAUGAUGGACAUCCCAGACAGGACUUGUACUGAUUUUACUAAAGAUAUAAGCGUAGGGACCUUUAUGAACGUGAGCCGCAAAGGGACGUCAGGCCUGGUCAACAUUAACGUCAAACCCCUUCGAAAGAGCGAACCGCACAAGUCGUAUGCACUGUGUACCCUGAGCAAUGAUGGAAGCACGUGGAUGAUGUUGGGGGGCAGUGAUUCGAAGUUGAUUGUUGUGGAGGAGAAGGGCUCCCUCUUGCCCCUGUGGUUCCAGGUCAUCCUCAUCUCCUGCCUGCUGGUCCUCUCAGGGAUGUUCAGUGGUUUGAACCUAGGCUUGAUGGCUCUGGACCCCAUGGAGCUUCGCAUUGUCCAAAGCUGUGGCACAGACAAAGAGAAAAAAUAUGCCAGAAAGAUUGAGCCUAUUCGUAGCAAAGGAAACUAUCUUCUCUGCUCCUUACUAUUGGGAAAUGUCUUGGUCAACACCACCCUCACGAUUCUUCUGGAUGAUCUCAUAGGGUCAGGAUUGGGGGCUGUGGUUGCUUCUACAGUUGGCAUUGUCAUAUUUGGAGAAAUUGUUCCUCAGGCAUUAUGUUCUCGCCAUGGUCUAGCUGUGGGAGCAAACACUAUUACAGUCACCAAGUUCUUCAUGCUACUGACAUUUCCGCUGUCCUAUCCUGUCAGUAAGUUGCUGGACUUCCUUCUGGGACAGGAGAUUGGCACAGUGUACAACAGGGAGAAGCUUGUGGGGAUGCUGAAGGUGACUGAACCCUACAAUGACCUAGUCAAGGAGGAACUCAACAUGAUCCAGGGAGCUUUGGAGCUGAGAACUAAAACAGUGGAGGAUGUCAUGACCCCUCUUGGAAACUGCUUCAUGAUUCAGUCAGAUGCUGUGUUGGAUUUCAAUACCAUGUCAGAGAUUAUGGAGAGUGGAUAUACCCGUAUACCUGUUUAUGAUGAUGAGAGGACUAAUAUUGUAGAUAUUUUGUAUGUGAAAGACCUGGCUUUUGUUGAUCCAGACGAUUGCACCACCCUGAAGACCAUCACAAAGUUCUACAAUCACCCAGUGCACUUUGUGUUUCAUGACACCAAACUGGAUGCCAUGUUGGAGGAGUUCAAAAAAGGUAAAUCCCACUUGGCCAUUGUCCAGAAGGUCAACAAUGAAGGAGAGGGCGAUCCUUUCUAUGAAGUGCUGGGAUUGGUCACUUUAGAGGACGUCAUUGAAGAGAUCAUCAAAUCAGAGAUCUUGGAUGAGUCUGAUCUUUACACUGACAAUAGACACAAGAAAAGAGUUGACCCCAAUAAAUGCAAGCGUGACUUUUCUGCUUUCAAACAAGAAGGUGAUAGCAAAGUCAAAAUUACACCUCAGCUGAUGUUGGCUGCUCAUCGUUUCCUGGCCACAGAGGUCAGUCUGUUUGGCCCCUUUCAGAUCACAGAGAAAGUUCUUCUGAGAGUCUUGAGGCACCCGGAUGUGAUUGAGGAACUGAAGUUCAAUGAGAAUGACAAAAAAUCACUUAAGCACUACAUCUACCAGAAAGGAAAACCUGUGGACUACUUCAUACUCAUCCUGCAGGGCCGUGUUGAAGUAGAGGCUGGAACUGAAAGCAUGAAGUUUGAAACGGGCCCUUUCUCUUUCUAUGGAGUAAUGGCUUUGAGCACACCAGCCAUGGCUGUUACCCCUCCUCCUUCUCCAUCAGUGGCAUCCCCCCCUCCAAGGCGCCUCUCUCUUAAGAGGUUCUCUGUAUUUUCUCGUUUCCCAGAGUUUCGCUCCCCAUCUCACGGAGGAAACCUUAACCGCUCGGCUUCUCUGAGCUGCACAGAGCGUGUUCCUGAAGGAAGCUCUGUGGGCGGCAGCAACAGCCAGAUCCCAGGCACACCCUUUCAGUACAUCCCCGACUUCUCUGUACGGGCCCUAACAGAUCUACAGUAUGUCAAGAUCACUCGUGCUCAGUAUCAGAAUGGCCUCUUGGCAUCCAGAUUGGACAGCACACCUCACUCUCCUGAUGGCAGCCAAACUCGCCUGGACAUCACAGCCUCCAUGCCCCCUGUGACUCCUCCAGGGAGCCGCUCCCCUCUGCCCCUGGCCACGCCUCCUGUGAGAAGACCACCCUCUAACACACAGCCCACACCUCCAGGGGGCCGCAUGCUCUCAAGUACCACAAGUUGUAAUCGCAGGCUGAGCCAGUGUCUGCCACAACCUGUACCCCCAACCUCAAACCACGCUCCUCUCUCCCAAGCAUGCUCCACUAACACUCACACAUCGCCCCAUUCCUCGAUACUGCAACCCCCUCCAGCUGCCCCUGCCUCUGGAAAUGGACCAGAGGAGACCACCAGUCUGCUAAGUGAUCAGCAGAACUGUGCAGGGCCACGCCGCCCCAGUCACACCAUCAGCCACGCACACACAGAGAGCACCAUCUGA